UCCACACAGCUAGAUAGUGUACAACACAACUUGCUUUGCUCAUGUGCACUUAUAAAGCGUCGAGUGUUGUGGCUGCUGCUGAUCCACGCCCUGAACUAACGGAAAACGAGGGCGACACCGAGGUCCAACGUUAACUUUGCAUCCAUGCCGACUAAACUUAACAUGCCCGCAAGGGCGCAGGUUCUUCGGUCUUCGCGACCAUUAGUUAGCCGGCAUUCCGCGUUCCUAGGCGCAGUGGUUGGCGGAGCUAUAAUGGGCGGAGCUGUCAUGAGCCUUCCCUGGGAGGAUGAGGUGGUGUACGGCAUGACACGUGACAUGGAGGUGCUAGACCACCUACAACCGCUGUCAACCGAACAGUACGAACGAACAACUGUCUACUUUGACUCGCAUGGCAUAAGGUGUGAGGCCUGGUUUUACGAGCCAAGCGCCAAGACAAGGGGACAGAUGGACCAGGGCCGGCCCCCUCCCGUGGUGGUAAUGGCGCAUGGUCUAGGCAGUCAGAAGGACAUGGGCCUUCACCCGUACGCGGAGCAGUUUGCAGCGGCGGGUCUGGCCGUGGUCGUCUUCGACUACCGCUCAUUCGGGGGCAGCGAUGGAUGGCCGCGACAUGAGGUCGAUUGGCGCAAGCACCUGGAGGAUUGGGAGGCGGCUGUGGAGUGGGUUCGAGCGGGCGGGCUGGGUACGGGCCGCGUGGACCCCUCGCGUCUGGCGUUGUGGGGCGUGUCGUACAGCGGGGGGCACGUGCUGUGUACGGCAGCCGCCCUGGGGCCGGACAAGGUGGCGGCGGUGGUGGCGAAUGAACCCUACCUGCAGGCGCAAAAGGCAGUGAGCAAGCUCAUCCAGGAGCGCGGAGUGCUUCCCAUGGCUCGAGUUGUGGCCGCCGCCAUGAAUGACAAGGUCCGUUCGCUGCUUGGCCUGCCCCCCGCCUACAUCAAGCUGGUGGGCGGUGCGGGCGAGCUGUCGCUGCUGCAGCUGGGCGAGGAGGAGCUGGCGCACGUGCAGCGACCCGCGCCCAGACGGCAGGGCGGCUGGCAGAACCUGCUGGCGGCCAGGAUGCUCCUGGGCGCGGCCGCCUACAACCCCAUCAGCCACGUGGCCCAGAUCAAGUGUCCGGUGCUGGUGGUGGCGGGAACCAAGGACGACGUGUGUCCUGUGGAUCAGGCGCGUGACGCCGUGGAACGCAUUGGGCCGAAGGCUCGCCUGAUUGAGCGGCCCCACGGGCACAUUGAGCUGCACAAGCGGGGAGCGGAACCGGAGCAGCUCCGGUCGAUCAUCGAAUUCUUGCAGGAACACCUGGGCGGAGUUGUGGUGGAUGCAAGCCCUGCCGCACCAUUUGCGCACACGGCUGAGAGCCAGUUUGGUUAAAAGGAUGACAUGCACAUCUGCCAGCAAACUGCAGCGACGGUUCGCUCUGCGUGCGUUGUACGUGACUUGUAGCAGUUUGCUUUCUGUUCCGGGAUGGUCGGGUACCUCCUGCUUUUAAAGUGUUUGUACCAUUCUGUUGUGUUUCUUUCUUUGUAUGUAAGGUAGCGUAAUUACUGAUGUUGCAAGGCCUCUAGGUUGGCCAAACAGUUCGGCUCAAGCGCCUUGCGGUGGUUGUGGAACUGAGAGUUGGGGGCUAGCAAAUUUCUUUAAUCUCGAUAAGCACAUAUGUCUGUCCACGAUUAUUUUUUCAAGUCAACCUUGGCCUCUUGGCCUCUUGACCUCUCCUGGAGUGUUGGGACGUUCCUGUUUAGUAUCCGUACUUGUGGAUUUACGGUACGCUGGCUGCGCUCCCGUUGGCUGCAUUAGCAGUAAUUAGAUAGGACUAUGGAACUGCUAUUCGCGUCCUUGCACCU